AUGCAUACAACGCUCUGCUUCGAGUUUGUAUGUAAUGGUAGCCUUGCCGACUAUAUUUCUGAUGAUCCAUGCUUGGGACUUAAUUGGCAGAUACUAUACAAAAUAAUUAAAGGGAUCUGUCAGGGUUUAGAAUAUCUUCGGCAUGGAUUGGAGGUUCCAGUAUGGCAUUUGGACUUAAAACCUGCUAACAUAUUGCUAGAUAAAGAUAUGAUUCCAAAGCUCGCAGAUUUUGGCUUGUCAAAACUCUUAGGUGACGAGAACACAAGAAAGAGCAUCAGUCCCGUCGGCACAUGUGGCUACUCUCCGCCAGAGUAUGUGAAGGAAGGACUGAUGACAAAAGAGUUCGACAUAUUUGGCUUGGGUGUUAUAAUUGCAAAGUUAAUGGCUGGACGUAAACGCUACUCCAAAAUUGAUGACAUGAAAGAGAAAAUGUUUAUUAAGCGUGUACAUGGCAGCUGGAGAAAAAAGAUGCGGGAAACAUUGUCGCCUAAACAACUGGAAGUAUAUUGUGAACAGGUCAAGAUAUGCAUUCAGAUAGCAAUGGAGUGCAUGAAGCCUGACCGACAAGAAAGGCCCACCAUACAGUCCAUUAUCUCUAGAUUGGAACAGACAGAAAUACUGAUAGGUAACCUAGAGCUGAAGACAGAACAGGUGAGACCACAUCUUAGAUAA